UCAAUUUUUGAGUUAUCCCAUGAAGAAAAUUUAACUACUCCACAUCCACAGUAAAAAAAAAUAAUACAAAAGUAAAUUAAAAUAUAGAAGAAGAAGAAUCUCAGAUCCCCAACAAAGCAGAAAUAUAAAGAAGAAGAAAGCCAUUAAAGAAAAGGAGUAAAGACUGGGACUUUGAGCAGCUGUCUGUCUGUUACCAAAUUCAGCAAAAUCAAAACUUGGGUUUGCUCUGUUCUGAAGAAAUCAGGAUUAAAGUUUGGGUUUUUAUGGAGGAUUUUAGAUCUAAGUCUUGUGGGGAUGGAAGGAAUAAUAUGCAGAUGGAACCGUAUUAUGGUGGUGGAGGAGGAGGUGGUGGAUGGGGGGGUUCCGGUGGUGGUGGUGGUAAUAUAAGUGGGAUGAAUGAUUUGAGAUGUCAAAGUGCUACAUAUAGUAGUAAUAAUUCAUCAGUGGUGCCGCAGAAUGGUGGUAUGAAGGAUAUAAAAUUGAAGAAAGGUAAAAAUGGUGGUUCAUCAUCAUCAAAGAGUUGGAGUUUUAAUGAUCCUGAAUUGCAGAGGAAGAAAAGAGUUGCUAGUUAUAAAGUUUAUGCUGUUGAAGGAAAUAUCAAAGGGUCUUUCAGAAAGAGUUUCAGAUGGCUUAAAGACAGGUUUUCUGCCAUCACGAGAUUAUAAUCCGUAAACUUAUUUCUCGGAUCAAAUUAUUAAGUUAAUGCCAGAUUCUGCAGAGGUGAAAGAAGAAGAAGUAAGUGCUGUUUUUGGAUGGUUUUCAACAUUUGCAUAUAUCAAUCAUCUCUGGGGUCCGAAUCGCAGGUUAUGUAAAACAAGGAUAGAGACACUUUUAACAUUCCUAAUGGAUUGUGUAUUUUUUUUUUCUUUCCAGUCAAAUAUUAUGCAAUAUUGUAUCUUUCAUAAGUUCUAUAAGUGUUAUUAGGUAAUCGAUUAAGGAAUGAUAAUAACGUCGAGAAAGUUUAAGAGUUUGGUUUCGUCUGGACACCAGAAUGUGACAUUUAUUUGUAGUUACAAAGUUUUAAUAGGUAAAAUCUCUCCUUUGAUGGUA